UAAUCGGGAUCAGCCCCGAUCGAAGUCCAACUGUUUCCAAGGAGGGUGUCGCGACUUGGCGAAGCUUUAUCCGUAAUUCUACCCGCCUUCGGUCGAGCUUGCGCAGUUUCUAUGCCAAUAUGGAUUCUUUGAGUGAUGCAUGCCUCACGCCAAGGGCGCGACGAUUUCCACGGAAUUUCGCGUCCGAGAGUACUCGCGAACGAUCGCUCGUCGCGACGCCCGACGUUUUCGGGUAGCGGCCCACAUCGUUAUAUUAGUUAUAUAGUUGGAACCUAGCGUCAUGUCCGAGGACUAUCAGCAUGCCUGCGAGAGGGCAGAAUUGCUAGGCUUGUCGAAGCCUAGCGAGGAGGAGUGGAGGCAGUCGCAGGCGGCGCAGAGCGAGGAUCCUCGUUGCGACGUCGACGACGACGAUGCUACGUUACAGGACUUGGAUUACGUGGACGAUGCGUCGGGACGCAUCAGCGGCGGUCUGGACGAGCUGAACAACAUUCUGAGCACCACGCAGAAGAAGCUCAACAGAUUCAAGACAGUUUGCGGCAGUCUGGGAACGUUGCUCAAAGUGAAGGUAAACUCUCGCGGUGGAACGCCGCGUCACAAGCCCGAAGAGCCGAACCCUGACGCGGGAAAGCAAGAAAAUCAAGAGAAACCAGAAUCCACGGUCGACGAGGUGAUAACGGUGGAGACGUCAGAUGUGACCAUCACGGACACCGCGAACCAGCCCGCGAACAGCGGCGUCCAGCAGAAGCAGAUCGAUCUCAACCAGAAAAUGGGAUCUCAUCUGAAUAAGCUCGACUCCUUGAUCACGAAGGCCGAGAACGCUCAAUAUAGUAUGCAGCAUCAAACGAAACAAAUGAAAAAGAUACUAAAGAAGUAAUUGCAA